AUGGAGGGUGAAAGUAGGAAGAGGAAGGUGGGGAAAGAUGAAGAUGAGGAAGAGAAGAUGGAGAAGUUCUUUGCAUUGAUCAGAAGCACGCGAGACGUGCGAAAACGUAUGGUCAUAACUGACAUGGAGGAAGAGAAGAAGAAGAAGAAGAAAAAAGGCGAGGAAGAGAAGCUGCCGGUGGGGGUUUGGAACCCGUCGUUCCAACCGGAGGACUUCAUGGAGGGUGGAGGAGGUUCUCAGGCAAGCCUAGCAGGACCUUCAAAGAGACAAGAUGAGACUCUAGAAGAAGAUAAAGGCUUAGACCUCAAGCUCUCUUUGUAA